UUUAAGACCACCGCAGCAGAGCGCGCGCGUGUGUGUCUGAUUGUCAUUUAACAGCAAUGAAUGGACCCUGCUGGCGUAUAGACGAUUUUUAAAUCAUCGUCAGGUUCUGGAUUCAAUGUAUUUAUCGCUCGGAAUCAGUGAUGGUUUGGCUCCUGAUGUGGGUUCUAUUAGUUACCGGCGUACCUCAGAUUCAGUGGGCUUUUGCACAGGAUUCCUCUUAUAUGCUAUUCAACACCGAGCCUGGCGCACUGGAGCCCUAUAACCGCACCCAGUACUGCCAAUGGCCCUGUAAAUGCCCUAAAACUCCCCCCACCUGUCCACCAGGUGUUAGCUUGAUCAUGGACGGCUGUGAAUGCUGCAGAGCUUGUGCCAAACAGUGGGGGGAGAUUUGCAAUGAGAAAGACAACUGUGACCAUCAUCGUGGUCUUUAUUGUGAUUACAGCGCUGACAAGCCGAGGUACGAAAAAGGAGUUUGUGCAUAUCUGUCAGGCACAGGCUGCGAGCACAAUGGUGUAAUCUAUCGCAAUGGCCAGAGCUUCCAGCCCAAUUGCAAAUACCAGUGUCUCUGUAUAAAUGGAGCGAUUGGCUGCAUCUCACUGUGUAAUGAGUCUCAGCCUCCGAGAGUGUGGUGUCAGAACCCAAAGCAGGUUAAAAUCCCCGGCCGCUGCUGUGAACUGUGGAUCUGUGAUAAGUCCAGGAGGGGGCGCAAGACAGCACCACGACACACAAUGGCUGCUCUUUCAAGUGGAAAAGAUGACUUGCAUAAGAACUGUGUGAUCCAGUCCAACUCCUGGAGUCCCUGCUCAAAGACCUGCGGCCGUGGACUGUCUACACGCAUUACUAACAAAAACAAGCAGUGUCAGAUGAUGACAGAGAACAGACUAUGUAACAUUCGGCCUUGUGAAGUGGACAUCACAAAGCACAUCAAGCCUGGAAAGAAGUGCUUGAACAUCUACAAGGAAGAGCAUCCACACAACUUCACCAUCUCAGGCUGUACCAGUACAAAGUCUUACAAGCCCAAAUACUGUGGAGUCUGUACAGAUGAACGCUGCUGCAUCCCCUAUAAAUCUAAGACUGUGGAGGUUGAGUUUCAGUGCCCUAACAGAACUGGUUUCACCUGGCACGUCAUGUGGAUUAAUGCCUGUUUUUGCAACCUGAGCUGCAGGAACCCUAAUGACAUUUUCACAGAUCUAGAAGAGUACUAUGACAAACGUGAGAUUGUGAAAUGAAAGAGUUGCACACCGUAUUUAUUUGACAAACAUGGAUAAGGUCAUGUCAUUACUUCAAUAAAUCUAAAUGAAUCUUUAUUUAACCAAUAUGGAAAAGA